GGAACCAUUCCAUAUAAACCAGGGCUCCAAGAGAAGUAUCACUUCGACAGGUUCACACAGCAACCAUGAGGUCUCUGGUCUUCGUUCUGCUCAUCGGAGCUGCUUUUGCCACGGAGGAUGACAAGAUCGUCGGAGGGUAUGAGUGUGAGGCCCACUCCCAGCCCCAUCAGGUGUCUCUAAACUCUGGCUACCACUUCUGUGGUGGCUCCCUGGUCAACGAGAACUGGGUUGUGUCUGCUGCUCACUGCUACAAGUCCCGUGUUGAGGUGCGUCUUGGAGAGCACAACAUCAAGGUCACCGAGGGAACCGAGCAGUUCAUCAGCUCCUCCCGUGUCAUCCGCCACCCCAAGUACAGCUCCUACAACAUCAACAAUGACAUCAUGUUGAUCAAGCUGAGCCAGCCUGCCAUCCUCAACCAGUAUGUGCAGCCUGUGGCUCUGCCCACCAGCUGUGCCCCUGCUGGCACCAUGUGCAGAGUCUCUGGCUGGGGCAACACCAUGAGCUCCACUGCUGACAGGAACAAGCUGCAGUGCCUGGACAUCCCCAUCCUGUCUUUCAGCGAUUGUAAUAAAUCCUACCCUGGCAUGAUCACUGAUGCCAUGUUCUGCGCUGGAUACCUGGAGGGAGGCAAGGACUCUUGCCAGGGUGACUCUGGUGGCCCCGUCGUGUGCAACGGUGAGCUGCAGGGUGUUGUGUCCUGGGGCUACGGAUGUGCUGAAAAGAACCACCCUGGUGUCUACGCCAAGGUCUGCCUGUUCAACGAAUGGCUGGAGAGCACCAUGGCCAGCUACUAAGUGAUCCAAACAACAAGUCCAGUCAAGCAGCUUAACACCAAUUGCUGUUUAUGUUCCAUCUUUUGUACUGAACAAUAUGACAAAUAAACAAUUUAAAGCACA